ACCGCCAAUGUCAUGCCUGCCUGACAGAGCGCUGUCUUUCCUGACCUCGGGGUUUCUGCUCCUCUCAGGCGGCACCUCUGCGUGAUCUCCUUCCACACCCGGCGGUCUCGGUUUGUUCCGGUUCUGUUGUCCCGUCUCGCGCUCCCGGAGGUGGGUCCUGUCCGCUAAGAUGCGCCUCACGUUGGCCAUGUUGAUCUCCCACGGGCGGGUGGCCCGGAAGAUGGGUCUGGGCCCGCAGUCCCGGAUCAACAUGCUGCGGAACAUCCUGACGGGGCUGGUGAGACACGAGCGGAUCGAGACCACCUGGGCCCGGGCCGACGAAGUCCGCUUCUACGCCGAGAAGCUGGUUGACUAUGCCAAGAAAGGAGACACCGAUGAGAAGGCGAUGAAAAUGGCGAGUUUUUGGCUGACGGAGAAGGAUCUGGUCCCGAAGCUGUUCAAGGUCCUCGCCCCACGCUUUGAGAACCAGCCCAGAGGCUACACGCGGAUGGCCCGCCUCCCCAACAGACAGAACCUGGACAGAGCCAAGAUGGCCGUUCUGGAAUACAAAGGAAACCCGUUUCCACCGCUUUACCCGGUGAAAAGAAAGAACGAACUGACUCUGAUCAACCAGCUGCUGACAGCCUACAGAGAGGACAGAGCGCAGCAGCUCGCGGAGAAGCAGUGAGCGGCGGCGGCGGCGUGCUGAGACGAUCCUGAGAGUUUCGCUUCAGGAGCUUCAGUCACCUGAAGCCAGAGACGGCUCUGUCAAAUAACUGUUAUUAAAAUGACUUUCUUAUUAUAAAAGUACUGGUUUUGUUUUUGGUUUUUUUUUUUGUCUUUCUUCCAUUUAAAUGAUAGUAUCUGUAUUCGUGCAAAUUGUUGCGCCAAAAUGAGCUUUUAAAAAGAAAUGCCUUGUUUCUCUUGUAUAAAGAUUUCAAAUGAGCUAAAAGUGAAUGAAUGUAUUUAUUUUGAAAUUAUCAACAGAUGCCAAGUUUCCACUCUGCAAAUGCAUCUUUAAAAAGUUAGUUUUAAUUACGGUACUCCAUGAGAAACUUAAAUAUCUCAUGAAUUCUAAAUAAUAAAUAAAUAAAAUAAUAGUUAAAUACAAUUGUGAUGAUUAUGGUCAUGUUUUAAAAAGUCAGAAAAACACUUGACCCCAUUUUAAAUUCCAUACAGUGACUCUUGUUCUUGAAAAUAAUGGAUUAACGGGACAGAAUGGAGCAAGUAAGUAACUGAAUUGAUAAUUAUGUUAGCAAUACAUUUAAAAAGCGUUACUGGUACUGCAGUAAUGCAUUACUGGAUGAGGUUACCUUUCCGUCAGUGAACACUACUAAAUACAUACAUUUUUUUAUUAACUUUAUUAUGGUGCUGUUAAAUUAUUUUUAAAUAGGCUACUUAAAACUUAAUGCUCAUGUUGGGGAAAAGAAAUUAUUUCAGUGUGGACUAAAUUUGUUUCCAUGAAGG